GGUAGGAUUCAGAAGGGAGAUGGGGGGGUGGAGCCUCUGAGAGCGCGCACGCGCCGUGUUUGGGACUAAAGGCUGCUGGCGCUUCAAGGGUGCAGCCUGCACAUGCUGCGCGGCGUGGAGAUGCCCAUCCGUGGGACGCGGUCAGAGGAUAGCGCUGUGUUGGUCUCCACCGAUAACUCGACCGCACAGAAGGAGGAGCUUAGCAACAAGAUUAAAGAACAAAAAAUUGUUGUGGAUGAACUUUCUAACCUGAAGAAGAACAGGAAAGUAUAUAGGCAACAACAGAACAGCAACAUAUUCUUUCUUGCAGACCGAACAGAAAUGCUUUCUGAAAACAAAAAUAUCUUGGAUGAACUGAAAAAAGAAUACCAAGACAUAGAAAAUUCAGAGAAAACUAAAAUCAAGAAAUAGUCACGUUGAUUUCAUAACAAUGUGUGGCAUCUGUUGUUCUGUAAGCUUUUCUGCUGAACAUUUCAGUAAAGAUUUAGAAGAAGAUUUACUGUACAGUCUUCAGCGACGGGGACCCAAUAGUGGUAAACAGGUUCUAAAGUCUGAUGUUAACUACCAGUGUUUAUUUUCUGGUCAUGUCCUUCAUUUGAGAGGUGUUUUGACUGCCCAGCCUGUAGAAGAUGAAAGAGGUAAUGUGUUCCUAUGGAAUGGAGAAGUCUUCAGUGGGAUAAAAUUUGAAGCUGAAGAGAA